AUGUGGCCCUCGAACGGCUGUCAGUCCACUGGCAGUGCUCGGGGCUGCAUGGCAGCCUUCCCGCAAUACAGUAUGGAGGACGUUCCUGAUCUUGGAUCCCGUAUGGACAACUACCACGAAGACAUCUUUCCUUUAGAAGGAGCAUCAACGUCUCAGGAGCUCAGGAGGGCCGCGGACGCGAGGCCCGAGUCGGACGAGGGCUGUCCCGUGUGCGGAGACAAAAUAUCGGGGUACCACUACGGCCUGCUCACCUGCGAGAGCUGCAAGGGCUUCUUCAAACGCUCGGUGCAGAACGACAAACACUACACCUGCGCAGAGGGACAGAGCUGCCCCAUGAACGUCUCGCAGAGGAAGCGCUGCCCCUUCUGCCGCUUCCAGAAGUGUCUGGCGGUGGGCAUGAAGAAAGAAGCAGUGAGAGCGGACCGCAUGCGAGGCGGCAGGAACAAGUUUGGGCCUUUCUACAGGCAGAUGAAAGACCAAAAAGUGCAUCCCAAGGCCAACGUCGCCCCCUAUAGGUCCAAAAUGGAACCGACGCAAAGGCUCUGGCCUGCAGCGUCCAAUGACUGCCCGCUCAUGUGCAACCACACCAGCACUCCCCUGCCCCCGGAUGUUUUCCGUCAGUCGCACAUGUAUCCCUCCGGAAUGGCACCCUUGCCUUUAGACUGCAGUGUGAGCGACGACAGGGUCGUCCCUCCUCUGCCGCUUCCCCAAACGUUCCCCGGUUACCGCUCGGAAGAACUACAAACGCCUCUGAGCUACAGCCCGACUCCUUCACACUACUCCGUGCACAGAACCCCAAGCAGCCCGUACACGUUACAAACCCCCUCGACGUCGCCGUGUUCAACCGUCACGCCCAUCCCGCCGCCGCAAGGCCCCGUCGGCUUCCCGGCCGCCUGCGGCGCGUACCCACCGUCCGGCUUUCUCGCUCAGCUCCUGGAAGGGGAGCAGGACGAGAGCCAGCUGUGCGCCAAGGUGGUGGCUAGUCUGCAGAGGGAGCAGGCCAACCGGGGCAAGCACGACUGCCUCAACACGUUCAGCAUCAUGUGCAAAAUGGCGGACCAGACUCUGUUUGGCCUGGUGGAGUGGUCCAGGAACAGUGCGCUCUUCAAGGAGCUCAAGGUGGAGGACCAGAUGGUUCUUCUGCAGAGUUGCUGGAGUGAGCUCCUGGUUCUGGACCACCUCUGCAGACAGGUGACCUACGGAAAAGAGGGUUGCAUAUAUCUGGUCAUGGGACAGCAGAUCGAGAUGUCAACAAUCAUCUCUCAGGCGGGAUCCACACUGAGCAGUUUGGUCACCAGAACGCAGGACUUAGUGUCCAAACUGAAGGCGCUCCACUUUGACAGGCACGAGUUUGUCUGUCUCAAAUAUUUGGUGCUUUUUAACCCUGAUGUGAAGUCCGUGCAGAGUCGGCGGCAAGUGGAGCACACGCAGGAGCGGGUGAACAGGGCACUGAUGGAGCACACCCAACGGACUCACCUGGGUCACUCGGACAAAUUCGGCCAGUUGCUGCUGCGGCUGCCCGAGGUGCGCAGCAUCAGCCUGCAGGUGGAGGAGUAUUUGUACCAGCGCCACCUGCUGGGUGAUUUGCCUUGUAACUCUCUGCUCACAGAGAUGCUGCACACCAAAUACAGCUGA